AUGUCGAUUUUGAGUACUUCACCUGCAAAAUCAUUCUUAAGCAGAAAAAAGCAUUCUUCGCAGCCAGAUAUACAUAUAUCGCAGCAACCAACACAACAAUUCUACACCUCCAACGAUAUCAACACCAAGGACUUCUGUAACUCAUUUUGGGGAGUAGAUAGUAACGGAUAUGGAUUUGAUACUCUUACAAAUAAACUAAAGUCUUCUUCAAAAACUGUUGAUGAUCUUAAGUUAUUUUGGAAGGAAAGGUCGGCAAUUGAGGACGAAUACGCCAGAAAAAUGGCAAAAUUAUCGCGAUUUUUGGUUGGAACUGGUGAAACUGGAGCAGUUAGAGAUAGCCUCGAUACUCUCAGUACGGAACUCGAGCAAACAUCACAGAAUCAUUUCAAUCUUUGUCAAACUAUCCAUAGGGACUUGGAGAGACCAACGAAUGAAUGGUCUAUUCGUUUAUCCAAUUUAAAGAAGAGCUCCCUUGCGACUAUUGAAAAGAAGUACAAAGUUCUCCAAACUCAAGAAAGUUAUGUUGAUAAGGCUAAAGCUAAAUAUACUGACAAUUGCGUUUCUAUCAACACUUUCACCGCACAAAAGUCUCUCUUACAAGGCAAAGACCUUGAUAGAGUUGACGUUAAACUCGAGAAAGCUAAAAGUGUUGUUGGCGCUAAUGAGCGUGACUAUCAAAACUUUGUUAAAGCCCUUUCUGAUACUCGUAAGCGUUGGGAAGCUGACUGGCGUAUGUUUUGCGAUCUAUGCCAGGAUGAAGAAGAAGAGAGGAUAGAAUUCUUAAAGUCAAAUAUGUGGUCAUACGCUAAUGAAGUUUCAACCGUGUGUGUUGCAGACGAUGAAUCGUGCGAGAAACUUAGACAAUCUCUUGAACAAGUUGACCCCGAGCUGGAUGUUGAAUUCUUUGUUGAUGAGAGUAUGACUGGCAACAUUCUUCCAAACCAACCUACUUUUAUUGAUUUCUCACGUGAAACUCAAGUUCCAUCACCCGCUCCUAGGUACGCUACCUUCCAUAGGAACAGCAUUCGUCCGCUCGAUAUGCCUAGGGACUCACACCGCCCAUUACAAUCUCACAAUCAACCACCUAAGCAUGAGGUUCUCGAUCAUCCACCUCCAUCAUCUCCAAAGAAGCAAGUCGUUCAAGAGGAACCCAAACUUCAAAAGUCUCAACCAAAAGAGUCUUCUCAUGAUGAAAACGCACCUUUCAAAGUACCUCAACUUCCUGCUCGUAAUAUCGAUCGACCACCUCCGACUAAAGUCGAACCACCUUCAUUUGAUACUGCUUCCGCGCCUCAAACAGCUCCAAAGUUUGACGAAGCUCCACCUAGACCGGAAAAGGAGGACAAAGUUGAAACAAAAAAAGAAUCAGGGGAUGUGGAUGAACUUGCCGCCGCUCUUGCUCAACUUAGAAACGCUCCUCCAGCAACGGGUAACCUUCGCGCCAAUGUCGCAGCACAGGCGGAGAAGAAGCCACGUUCACGACCUGUAUCACAGCAUUCAGCUGUAUCACCUGGUCCACAGGUAGGAGCGCCGGCGGGACAACAGGUAUCUCCUACUAAAACUCAGCAACAGCCUCAACGACCUCCAUUCAACCCUCAGAAUCCAAUCUAUCAAGGGAUGGACGCCUCACAAAUCCAGGCACUUCAAAUUCAACAUAAGUAUGCACCUCACACCACCCCUCCUUUCCCUGCCAUGAUGCAGCGUCCAACGUCGAGCCAAUCUAAUGCGGGCGGACCCGUUGAAGACGUGAUGACAACGUACCAUCAACAGCUGCCCCACGAAAGAAGUCAUCGAAAUUCGCGUUUGGAUCAGACUCAGCAAACUCAACAGCACAUCUCCAGACCUCCCUCAUCGACGGGUAGAUCACCAUCAAGAGAAGGCUUUGCAGGUAUUGGCGCUGGCGGUGGUUUUGGUGCUAGUUACGGUAGCAGACAGCCUUCUCCAGCUGUCAGCAAUGCAUCACCGGUCCGUGCCGCAACCCCCCUAGGUAUAAGUUUAAAUGCAUCUGGAGAGGUAGCACACGAUCAAAAAGCGGAGGAGUACAGGAAGAGACGUUCUGUUUCACCAGCGCUUGCACCUGCACCAUCUGCUACUCCUGCACCUGCUAACACACUCGCCAAUCAACAGCAGCAGAUGCAGAUGCAACAGCAGCAUCAGGCUCAGGCAUACUAUCAGUACCAAAUGAUGAUGGCUCAACAGGCUCAGCAAGGCCAAGGUCAAGGCCAGCAACAACAACCACAGCAUCCUUAUCAGCCAUACCAGUAUUAUCCAUAUGGACAGCCACAACAACAACCAUACGUUAUGACGACGACACCAGGACCUGGAUACAACCCAUACCCACCAAGCAGUACGCCGGCACCAGCGCCUACCCCUGCUCCGAGUGGCCCAAUUAUGAAUGCCCAACAGCAACAUCGAGCACCCUCCCCAUCUCCAACGCCUAUAUACAAUGGAACACCGGGGCCACAUCAACACCAGCAAAACCAGCAAACACCUUUUAUUCCACAAAUUCAAACGCAGCAACUCUCUCACACGCCACAAAUACACAGCGCCACAAAUACAUCAAUGUAUAGACAACACUCACCUUCGCCGCUUGCCAGUCCUAGCAAGGAACCUAUCCUCUUCCAUGUCAAAGCACUGUACGACUAUGCAGCACAGACGACCGAAGAGUUUGAUUUCAAGGCAGGCGACGUGAUUGCUGUUACAAAGACACCCGAAGACGGGUGGUGGACCGGACAGCUUACUGAUGAGGCUCGAUGCCUCCCUGGAAAAACUCUCUUUCCUUCUAAUUUCGUCUCUUUGUUUUGA